AUGGGUCCAACUGUUAAUGCUCAACUAAGAAUUCACACUUAUUCUCUGAUCUCCAUCAUUAUCUUCGGACAAGAAAAGGUACGAAUGAACAAUGACGUGACCAAAGGGCUAUUGACACAAGGUCCACUGACACUUGACAACCGCGUCGCGAAACGGCAUCGCCCCGAGCCCGGCAAGAUCCAAAAAGAAAACCGGCCAGAGAAAACAGCACGGAAGAGCGAAAGAGCACAGCAAGCAAGAGACAAAAUUGGCAGCUCGGAACCCGACAUCUUUGGUUGUCCACGUUGGGUGCUCCAACCGCCAAGAUUCGAUUCAUUCAUUCAUUGUUCCCCAUCCAUCCUCAUCCUCACCAUAACCAACAGUCAACAGACAACCAUGGCGUCCAUGUCGGGUACUGCAAAGCUCCAAUUGGAGCAAGGGAGCUGGAUGGAGACUCUCCAUGAGAUUUACAUUGGAUUUGUGGUUGGUGUAAUGCACAAUUGGUACUUUAUUGACAAGUUUCUGAGAGAGAAGAUUGCCCAGCCUGUGGCGGGCCUGCUGGGUUACGACUUGAUGUUGGACCAAGGCGCCGAAGAGAAGGAAAAGACGCUCAAGGUGGUCGGUGUUGGCUAUGGUCGCACUGGAACGUACUCCCUCACGUUGGCUCUGGAAGAAUUGGGGUUCCCCACACUGCACACGCAGCACAUGUACGAGCAUGCGGAAGUCUUUGCCAUGUGGAUUGACGAAGUCUUUCAACCUUCCAUUGACGGAGGGCAUGCUUCUUUGAGGAAACCAGAUUUGCAACUGGUCGCCGACCACGGAUUCCAGGCCACCUGUGACUUGCCCAUGGCGUUGUACUACGAACAAAUCAUGGAAGAAUUCCCCGAUUGCAAGUUCAUUUUGACCACUCGCAAAGAUUCCGAAGUUUGGUUUCGCUCCUGGGAUACGCUCACCAAGAGCAUUACACAACCCGCACGAUUCGGCAACUUUGUACCCGCCGUUCGACCCGUCAUGAUUUACUUGCGGUGGCUGUUUGCCAUGGUCAACAAGGACGAAUCCUACCUAUCCUUGCCUUAUCCACUGCCCGAUCAACAAAAGGAAGCUUCCAUUGCAUCGUACGAGGCACACAAUGCACACGUACGCGCUACAAUCCCCGCCGACCGAUUGCUCGAAUACAAUGUCAAGGAUGGAUGGGAUCCCAUCUGCCAAUUUUUGGAAAUUCAAGACUGUCCUACGACCCCCUUUCCAAAAACCAAUUCGGCACGAUCCGUCCGGGUGCAGGCCAUUUCGUCCUUUGUGGUCCCCUUUUCGUUGAUUUUCUUUUGCCUCUGUUGGAUCUUUGUCAAGGUCUUUCGUCGGGUCUUGGGAACGACGCCCGUCAAAUACAUUAAUUGGAGGUGCCGGUUGUUGUCGGCCAAAGUCACGGGGGCUUUGAAUGGUACCGGAUCGGCGUGUCCACAAAAGUCGUCAUAA